AUCUGUUUCCAAGCAACCGCAGCGCUGCACGCUUGAAUAUCUCAUCUUUCAGCAUUUCUUCCUUUUAUGUUGUAAUGAGGACUGAGUAACCUUGCCCACACUGUACCUUUCUCACAUUUGUAAAUCAGGAAAUUUAACAAUUAAGAUUAUUCUCUGUGUGUGGCGUGACUGAGUGUGAUAAUGGAAGUCAGUGCAAUCUUGUAGCACAUGACGAGCAACACAAGUCUGAUUUCUAGCAGGGGAAUCUGUUCACUGCUGACACCUGUAACCAAAAUAUGCCAGGACAUGUAAAGCAUUUAAAAUUGUUUUUGUUUUUUUUAAGUCUAGCUGGCUCAUGUACUGUUUACGUGCAUGCAUCGGUACACGUAUGGUGUACAGAUCUCCCCCAAACAACCUCUCUUUGAAUCACUGCAUCACCAUGACAGCCGUGUGAACUGCUUCAUGACUCUAGUUUUGUUUGGGUGCCACAGGAUGGCCACCUUGCCUUGUGCAACCUGGACCUACAGGUAACAUUCAAAUGAAGAAUUUAGCUCCGAGAAUUUAUAUCAACUGCACGUCAUUCACACUCAAGUGUCAUACAGUCUGCUGUUGGAUCACUGGAUUCUACAAGGAGAGGCAACAGUAUAGAGAAGGGAUUAAAGAGGAGCAUCAUGAGAGAGCCUAUGGAAAAAGUCCAAACUAUUGCUCAUGGAUAUGGCUGUUUUCAACGCUGCUCUCUUCUGGUAAGACAAUUAAUGGGUUUUGAUGAGAAGUAUGAAUAUGACACUUGUGCUAUUUAUUAAAAUAAAAAAAGCCGAAUGUUUCCAGGAAUGUUACUCUUGUGUCAUUUCUUACUUUGGUCGCAGGGACACAGCACAGCCACGUCUGCUGUGCUCAGUCGCCUCCUGAGAUUUGGGGCUGUGGCUCUCAUUGUCGGUGCAGUGUUAAUGCUGUGUGCUUCCAUGGCUGCUCUCUACCUGUGGAAAGCCAAUGACCAACAUGUUUACAAUGUGCGUUACAGUAUGAAGAUCAAUGGCGAGGUGAGGGAGGGCUCUGUGGAAAUUGAUUCUGACAACAACCUGGAGAGAUUUAAAACCGGGAGUCGAGCUGAGGAAGCCGAGGAGAUUCAUGACUUUCAAAUUGGAAUAACUGGAAUCCGCUUCUUUGAAGGAGACAAGUGCUAUAUAAAAUCCCAAAUCAAAGCCAGCCUUCCACACAUGGGAGCUCACAACAAAGAGUCACCACUGUUCGACCUGACAGACAAAUUAAUGCCAGUGAGGUUUGAUGAGCGCUUUGUGGUAUGGGUCGCUGGAGACCAGCCUCUAAAGGACACCAGUUUCCUGAGCAAUAAAAUACUGAGUCUAUGUGGAGAACUUCCCAUUUACUGGCUACAACCUAGCUAUCAUAAAGCAGAUGGGGGAAGGAGAAAGAGAGACGCACGGCGAGCCAAACAGUCGUUUGACACGGAGGAGUUGGAGGCAGCUGUGGAGGAAAAGGACCCAGUGAGUCACACACAGGAUGACACCUCCAGAGUCACGGAGGAAGAGGAGGAGGGGGCGCAGUCAAGUGCAGGGUCAGCAUACAAUCCUGAAAACCCUUAUCAUCGCAGCGGAGCGGCCGGGGAGGAGGGCGCCAUGACCUUUGACACCAUGUUAGACCACCAGGGGAUCUGCUGCUCAAAUUGCCAACGCAGCUACACUCACUGUCAGAGAAUAUGCGAGCCUCUGCGUGGCUACUGGCCUUGGCCGUACAACUACAGAGGAUGCCAGGUGGCCUGCAGAGUCAUUAUGCCUUGCCGCUGGUGGGUGGCACGCAUUUUGGGUGUUGUGUGAACACACAUUAUACAUUUGUGAGUCACACUUAAAGAUAUAGUACAGUAACAAAAAGGUAAUAGUAAAAAAAAUCUUUUUAAAAAUGAUUCAUGUAUGUUUACAUGCCGUUGGUCCCACAGGUGAUUAGUAGUCAUUUGUAUAUUAGUAGGAAUCUGUCUGGUCUAGUCAGGUCACCUGAAAGGGAGGAAGUGAGUUUUUUGGUGUGGAUGUUAUGGAAAUGAUGCCACAUUAAUGGACACUAAGAGGCUUUGCGAAUAAAAAAUAAAUGGGCUCAUAUAAUUCAACUUUGAGUCGGGAAUUUGCUUCACCAGACAUGGUAAUUAUCUGUGCGCAAGUUCAUUAAUUCAAGUGAGACACCUCGGCUUAAAGCAUAGGUUUGACCUCUUAGAACACCGUCUCACUUUGAAUACAAUUUUCUGCUUUGUAACAGCAAUGACAGCUUGGUAAUUAGUCUCACCGUCAUCAAACACCAGUGUCACGCAUUCACAUGAAAAUGCUGUUUAGCCAAUAUUGAUAAUUGUUCCAUUUAAUUGUCCUGCACUCGUUUGUAUUUGUUAUUACCAAGCUGUCACUUUGUGUUUAUAUAGAUUUAAGAUGUAUUACCAAAAUAUUACCUCCCUAUUACAAAAUGACUUUGGUAUGACACGAUUGUUACUGUACUAUAAAGGAAAGUGUUGCCCACGAUGUAAAAAGUCUCUCUAGUAUCAUCUUAGAAUCAGACACAGAUAUUUCAUUCCUGAAUUGAAUUAUCAGCGUUAAACCUGUUAACAUGAUAUAAUGAUGUAUGAUUAUGUAAGCUAUUACUAUCUUCGUGAUCUGUUUAUCAGCCAGGGCUUUCUCGUUGUAGGCAUACACUGCUUCAUUACUAUACUGCCUCAGUAAAACGGGGGCUACAUAAAUGGUAUAUUCCUAUUUGCAGCUCAACAGACUCACAAAUGAGCACAUUCAUUUUGCAUCUUGUAGUAGCGAGGCUUAAUGCACUGUACUGUGUUUAAUGGAGGGUAUGGGGCUGAAUCCAAAUGCUCAGCAGAUCAUGUACCUUUUCUGACUGAA